GAGAGAACUCGGAAAUAAUAAUUUGACCUAUCGGCGUUUACGAGUUAGCCACGCCCCUUAGACAACCCUAUGGAAUUUGUGUAGGCCUACACUAAGUUUUAUUUGUCCGUUUGUAUAUCAUGUAAAUAUUUCACAAGCUGCGCUGACUCGAUUCUACCGCGAAAGGUUUAAUAGUUCACAGCCUUGUUCGUUGGUUGGACAACCCAUGCCUCCCCAUUUGCUGAGAGGCUUCCAGUCAUCAGAUUUGAAGCUAGGUUCUCACAAGCCUAUGGCGAUGGCCUGACACAAUCCCACGCGAAGACAAGUCUGCCUCAGAGAUAUUUCAAGAAACCUACGUGCUAUACAUGAUCUGAGCUGUAAGCGAGGACACUAGCAAGGACCAUGGAGGAAGCGGGAGGAAGUACAGCAUUUCCCCCCAUUGCGAUAGUUGGGAUAGGAUGCCGUUUGCCAGGAGGUGUACAUUCUCCUGAAGAUUUCUGGAAGGUCAUCCGGGAUGGUAAGGACACCAUAACAGAGGUUCCUCCAGACAGGUGGUCACUGGAAAAGUUCUACGAUCCCGAUCACUCUAAACAAGGUAAGAUGAUCUCACGCAAGGGCGGCUUCGUGGAAGGCAUCGACAGGUUUGAUAACACCUUCUUCAAGAUUUCCCCCAGAGAGGCUAUGUCUAUGGACCCCCAGCAGCGCCUUCUGUUGGAGGUUGUGCAUGAGGCAUUUGAGGAUGCUGGUAUCAUACCGGAUACUCUAGGAACCUCAGGUGGUGUUUAUGUAGCUGCAGGAUUGAUGGACUAUACGGUUCAGACAGUAUCAGACGCUUCACUGAUCAACCCGUAUACAUUAACGGGGGUUUCCUCCAGCAUUGCUGCCAAUCGAGUGUCCUACGCAUUCGAUCUGCGAGGGCCGAGUUAUUCCGUGGACACUGCUUGCGCCUCGUCAAUCACCGCAAUGCAUCUUGCCUGCACUGGGCUCAGGAAUCGCGAGUGUCAAACGGCUGUCAUGGCCGGCUGCAACGCACUGAUUCUCCCCGAGACAUCGGUGGCUUUCUCCGCACUUGGCACUUUGUCCACAGACGGUAAAUGCUGUCCGUUUUCUAACACAGCCAAGGGGUAUGUGCGCAGCGAAGGCUGGGGUGCGCUCAUCUUGAAACCACUUCCAAUUGCACAAGAAGAUGGUGAUCAUAUCUAUGCAGUUAUUAGGGGUACGGCUAUCGCAGCCAAUGGGUAUUCUACCAGCCUGACAAUGCCUUCAAGCACAGCACAGGAAUACGUAAUGAAACAAGCCUACUUUCGGUCCGGCAUUCCACUAUCAGAUGUUCUAUACGUAGAAGCACACGGAACGGGGACACCUGUUGGCGAUCCUCUUGAAGCAAAAGCCCUCGGAGAAACCUUUGGCCCCCACAGAGAGACACCACUUAAGAUUGGUUCUGCCAAAGGAAACUUUGGCCACAGUGAGUGUUCCUCCGGGGUCACCACCGCUAUUAAAGUAGCCCUGAUGUUAGACCACAAGAUACUUUGUCCAACUAUCAAUUUCGUUGAGACAAACCCAAAUAUCAAGUUGGAUGACUGGAAACUCCAAGUGCAAACACAGCUACAAGAGGUGCCACCUUCUCAAAAGACCAUAACUUUUAGUCUGAACACCGCUGGAUUUGGGGGAGCAGUAGGUCACGUUGUUUUCCAAGAGGCCCCGAAAAAUGUCACAAACAGAAAAAAGUCCAUACGGUCUUCGGACUGGAAGUUUGGAGGUAUCAGCCCUGGGGUUCACAUUGUUAUACCCCUUUCAGCAAAGUCCAAAGAAGCUCUGAAUGAUGUUGCUGAGCAGUGGCAAAAUUUCAGCAACGAAUGCGAUGCUCUUCAAGUUGUUUCUUGGUUGUCAUGUCGUAGAAAGCACUACGGGUGUCGAUUAGCAUUCGUCAGCAAUUCUGGUGAGGCUUUCCGAGAUCAAACUAAACAAUUUCUGAACGCAGGAAGUGGCAGUGGGAUUGCAGUUGGUACUUUCAGCAAGAAACCCAAGAUCUGUUUUGUCUUUCCUGGGCAGGGGCAGCAGUGGGGAAGGAUGGGACAGCAACUGUUCAUCCAGGAGAAAGUCUUCCGUGAAGCUGUGAUGGAAUGCGACGAGGUAUUCAAACAACUGAGCGGUUGGUCAUUGCUGUACGAUAAAAAUAUCUUUUCCACUAACGGAUCAGGAGAUCAAGCGAAUGCUGCGACUACUUUGGAUACUGAGAUGAAUCAUACUGCUGUUUUACAGCCCUCCAUCUUGUUUUUCCAGAUCGCUUUGGUGCAUCUGCUGCGAUCCUGGGGAAUCCACCCAGACGUAACGGUCGGUCACAGUCUUGGUGAGGUUGCUGCGGCCUAUGUUAGUGGCGGUCUCACCCUUCCCGAAGCUGUUCGUGUUAUAUACCAUCGAAGCUCUCAACAGUCGAAGCUUAAAGGAGCUGGAAGCAUGGCAGCUCUUCGUCUGCCACUGUCUGAAGCAAAAUGUGUCUGCCACCAGUAUGAGAACUUAUACGUAGCCGCUGUCAAUGCCCCAGCAGUAACUACAAUCGCUGGAAACACCGAUGCGAUCGAUGAAAUAACACACAAUAACCCCACUGUGGCAAAACUACUGAGAGUCGAAUGUGCAUUCCAUACUCCAUUUAUGAAUCCGAUGGAGGUGCCAUUCCGAGGGGCCAUGGAAGGUGCUGUCAAGGCAAAACCAGAACCCGGUUUGAUUCCCUUCUAUUCCACUGUUACCGGGGAGUUAUACACGGGUGGAUUUGAUACCGACUACUGGUGGGAAAACAUCAGAGGCACUGUAAAGUUUCAGGCAGCCGUGGAGGAAAUUCUGAACACAGACGUCGACCUGUUCCUGGAGAUUGGCGCCUCUGCCACCUUGCUCUCAUCCGUGAAUCAGAUUUCUACGCAUUUCAAGGGUGUGUCAAGCAAACUCGUCCCAACAGGGCAGCGAGAGCAGGACGACUACCUGACCGUGAUACGGGCUUUAGCCAACCUGUACGUGGCUGGAUGUGACAUCAAUUGGAGCAUCGUCACAGGAGGAUGUGGUCCUUGGGUACGGUUGCCAACUUACCCCUGGCAGCAUCAGUCCUUCUGGCUGGAAACUGAAGAAAGACGUAAGCGCAGACUUGGUCAAGACGAUCGAACAUUCAAGGGACAGUCUGGGAAUAUUUCCCUCGAGAUGUUUCCGUUUCUGGCUGAUCAUGUUGUCCAGGACCAUCUUGUAUUUCCGGGAGCAGGUUAUCUCGAGAUGAUGGUGCAGUCAGUCUUUCAUGAGACUGAAUGUCCCGCUCUCUCGAAAGUAUCUUUCAGCAAGAUUCUUACGUGGACGGUGUUGAAAGACGGCAGUACCAAGGCACUUGGUCUGCAGUGCCAAAGAGAGGGGUCUAACGUCCAAGUGACCUCGGAUGGCGUCAGCUAUUCCUCGGCGAAGGUCGAAAGCUCCCCAGAUAUUGAUUUAGGUGCCAUCUCGAUUGAGGAGAUCCUCUUGAGGUGCAAAACUCGUUUCACUGGAAACGAUAUCUACAAUGUCUUGGCUGAACUGGGCUUUGAUUAUGGCCCAUCAUUUCAAGUUGUCAAAGAGGUCGCUCUUGGAGACGGGGAGGUUGUUGGGUUCCUCUUGCCACUGAAAUCAGACAGUAAACAGCGAAUGCAGGUCACACACGUUGAUGCUGGCAUGCAGUUGUUACUUUUUGAGGCUGGGGGAGGCCUGUACCUUCCAGUUUCCAUGAAGUCAUUGCACAUGAGUGUCCCCUCUAUGCCGACCUCUAAACCACUCGUCGCCUACGUCCGGAUAACUGAUCUGGAUUCCAAAGUACUUGUGGGGGAUAUCACAAUUGCUACAAGUGAAGGCAAAGUACUACUCAAAGCCAGCAAUUGUGAGAGUCACAACAUCACUGGUUCCAAGACGGAUGUAGGUCUAGAGUCUUGCCUGUACACCACACGGAUGCAAUCAGUGAAAUCAUGUCUUCCAGCUACAUCAAUGGCUUGUGAAAAGUUUGGUGUUGACUAUCUGGAUGCAAGGUUUGGUGAUGAGAUGGGAUUUAUUGCAAAAGCGCAGCCAUGGAUUCAAUCUCUUGAGGAGGUUUGUGCCUCGUACAUCCACCGGGCCUUAAAAGACGUGGAAGACAAAAAGUUCAACCAACAACAGGAUUGCUAUCUGAAAAGCCUGAAAAAAAUGUCAAGAGAAAAUUGUUCUGAUAAAGUGGCUGUUACAGAUAUUGAGUCUGUUUUGGAAAACAUCCAAGCCAAUUUGCCAGAAAUGCAGCAAGAGAUAGCCCUGUUACGAAGACUCGGAAACAACCUUCCGAAUACUCUGAAGGAUCUAUCUGCAUUGUCUUCAAGGUCGUCUCUAACAGACACGAGUUCUGCUGUGAUGGAUUCAGCGCUGGUUCGAGUAUGCUACAAAGCUGGUGCGGAUGUCAUUCACAGUGCUGUCAAGGUAGCACUUCAGAAGAAGAGCGUUGUUCGUAUUCUCGAAGUUGGUGGACAGUUCGGUGGACUAGCCAAACACGCAUUACCUCUUUUGAGAGAGCUUUGCGAGGAAAGUCAGGUGGAGUACAUAUACAGCUUCUCGGCUACAUAUUCAGGCGGUCAUCCACAUCAAGAACAACUCCCCGGGUUUUCAUUUGUUAAGUAUCAGCGACUUGAUCUUGGAGAGGAUGUAGUGUCACAAGGUUUCGUGCCAGGAUCUGUUGAUGUCGUCAUCUGUAUGGAUGUUAUCCACUUGUCUGAAGAUCUCAAUAGAAGCUUAAGAAACAUGUACAAGCUUCUUUGUUUCGGAGGCUGGCUUUUCAUGGGAGAGCUGAUGGCUAACACCACUUGUAUUGGAGAUGUCUUGUUGAGUGGUCAAGACAAUUGCUUCUUGACGGAAGACGGAUGGAAGGAUGUUCUCAGUACCAAUGGCUUUAAGGAGAUUGUUGUUGUAUCAACGCCACAAAAAUACUUCCAUGGCAUCUUUGUUGGUUGCAAGAUUUCGGAGAAUCAACCAACAGAUUUGUUUAGGGAUCCAGCGUCCUGUCCAUGCUUCGUGCUUUUCGAUGGUCAUGAUGCAACUGCUCGUGGACUUUGUGUGAAACUGGGCGUCCCGGUAGAGAAUAUGUGUCUUGGAGGAGAGGAUCCGAUGAAAGCUCUACCUCAAAACCCCAUGGCAGAAAGAAACAGCUUGGUUUGCAUCUACAACCCAGAAGACAGUCUUUAUCAACUUACAAAGCUACUUCAAGGGAUUGAAUCUAAGACACUGAGUUUCAGGAAAGUGUUUGUGGUGGUAAUCGGAACAAAAAGUGAAGCAGCUAGAGUGGUGGGUCUCGUUCGGUCAGUCACAAAUGGAAUCCAUCUGCCCAUUUACUCUAUUCAGAUGAGAGACACCAAGAGUGCCAGCAUAGAAUCACUUGAAGGGCUCUUGAAGGACAAGGAGGUUGGAGACAGAGAACUCAUGAUAAGCAAGGGAGAGGUCACUGUGCCACGAAUAAUCCGAGUCGAGCUCUCGACUGGUAAUGAUGUGGUGGAUGGAAGUCACUGGCAGCUUGGUAUCAAUAAAGAUGGAGCAUCCAAGAGUUCGUCAUCUGUUGAAGAUCUUGGUUUUAGCUUCUUAGAUGAAUUGGACCCACUCCCUGGUGACGUGGUUGUCAACGUGAAAUCUGCGGGACUGAAUUUCAAGGAUGUCAUGAUGUCACUGGGGCUUUUGGAUGGCUUGGAUGACAGUGAUAACGUUGUCACGCCUCAUAUUGGUCUGGAGUGCUCGGGAUUAAUUGAGAAAAUUGGUGAUGGAGUCACUUCUUUUCACAUCGGUGAUGAAGUUAUGGGUUUUGGAAAACACUGCCUUGCCUCACAGACCGUCUGCGAUGCUCAGUUGUUGGUUCACAAGCCAUCGUGCAUUGAGUGGAACGAUGCUGCUGGUGUUUGUGUUGUAUUUACCACGGCCUACCACGCACUUGUUCAGAGAGCCAAUCUCAAGAAUGAUGAAAUAGUCCUGAUUCAUUCGGCGUGUGGUGGCGUUGGUUUGGCGGCCAUUCAGGUCGCCAAGAUGGUCGGAGCUCGUAUCAUCUGCAGUGCAGGAAGUGAAAACAAACGAUCAUAUCUCAGAAAUGAACUUGGGAUUGAACUGGUCACUGACUCACGCUCGGAGAGAUUUUAUGACGAUGUCAUGGCCUGGACUGACGGGUUUGGUGUUGAUGUGGUUUUGAACUCACUGCACGGGGAGAAACUUUCAAGAGGCAUUGAAGCUUUAAACCCCGGUGGGCGAUUUUGCGAGAUCGGGAAGCGGGACAUUCUUCAAAACUCCAGCCUCCAAAUGAGUCUCCUGCUUGAGAACAAGUCGUUCAUGUCAUGCCAAAUCGACAGGAUGAUGAAACUUCAGAAAGACAAAAUGCACCAUCUUCUCCUUGAGGUGAUUUCACACUUCGGAAACAAUGGUCCUCUCAAUCCAAUACCAACAACGGCGAACUCCAUCGAAGAUUACCAAGACACUUUUACCCAAAUGGCGAAAGGAAAUCACAUCGGAAAGAUUGUCUUCAGUAUCCCACCUGACUUCAAGCCUUCUCAUGUAUCGUCUUUCUCCCACAUCUUUGACGCAAACGCCACAUAUAUAAUCACUGGUGGGUAUGGUGGUUUGGGAUUGGCCCUCGCAAGAUGGGUCUGCGACAGAGGUGCACGCUAUAUAAGUCUUGUGUCCCUUCACGGAUGUCACACUGAUGCUGCUCGUCGCACAGUAAGCUACUUAAAGAAGAAAGGAGCAACCGUCUUUGACUUUGCAAAAGAUGUGUCCAAGACAAGUGAUGUUCAGGCGAUGUUGAGUGAGUUGUCAACUAUCCACAAUGCACCAGUGGUGAAGGGUGUGUUCCAUCUUGCUGGGCGUAUUUUGGAGGAAUCCUUAUCCACCCUCACACCCAAGAUGCUGGAUCUGAUCUUAGGAGCAAAGACGACCGGUGCCAAGAACCUCCACAAUCUCACCCAGGAUCUUCCAUUGGAUAUCUUCUUCAUGAUGUCAUCUAGUACCUCGAUGUGGGGACACUCCUCGCAACCAGGCUACUGCGCAGCCAAUGCUUACCUCGACGCACUGGCCGAAGAGAGACGGGCCAUGGGCCUCCCUGCUAUCAGCCUCCAACUUGGGCCAGUGAGGGGUGCAGGAUUCCUGGAAAAGAAUGCAGAUAUUGUGGAAACUUUUGCGAUAAAGGGAAGCCUUACACUCCACAUCGAUGAGGUGCUUCAGGUCAUUAGUCAAAUCCUUCAGAUCAAGAAUACCCCUGCUGUGCUGUGUCUGUCUAACCAGGUGUGGAACAACACCCUCAAGUUUUGUCACAGCGGCAUUUUGAAAUUUCGUCAUUUCGUCCAAACGGCCAGGCUGAGGCGUUCCUCCUCCAACGUCCGAGUAGUUCACCGUAAAGUCGCCGAGGGCCGGGUGCGAGAGAAGAUGGGCCGCCUGCUCUGCGUCGAUCCAGACGGCAUCGACCUGCAUCAGCCCAUGGUGGAUUACGGAGUGGAUUCCUUGAUGGCGGUGGAGAUGGUUGCAUGGGCCUCUAAGGAGCUGAAUACAUCCAUCACACAGGUGGAAAUUCUUGGAGGCAUCACAACGGAUGCUUUCCUCCAGCGAGUCAUUUCAAGUCAGAUCAUGUAAACUUCGCCAUGAUGUUAAUCCCCCGAUAGAGGGCGCUGUAACAGUUACGUUCGGCGGAACCCGUAGAUUGAGAUUUGUUUGCAUUGAAGAAAACAACACUGCAUGUAACAAGCCUAAACUGAUUUUGAUCGUGGCAGAAUAUUUCCCAUAGUUGUAGAUUAAUGUUAAAAUAACUCGCCAAACUAGUUGGCGACAUUAAGAACAUACAGGUAUGUCAUAGAUAAAGGGCAGGGUUUUGAAUUUUUGAGGGAAAUGUUGGGGUAAAAUGACGACAAAACGAAAGGCACGAUUCGAGGAAAAUCGUAACUUCUACCCCAAGAAACUGUUCAAAAAUUACAAAAUAAGUGUCAUUAUAUUUAGAGAAGUCUGCUUUAUGUGGAAAAGUUCAUUUUUGAGUAAUAAAAAACACCCUUGACUCUAAUUUGAGCGACGGGCGCCCUACGUGCUAUUGUUGAUGUACCAUACAUGGUGCGGCCCCUUAACUUGGCGUCGCACUCUGAUUUUUUCGCCUGUAGCGCCCAGCUAGAGCAAAAGUUUAAACUGAAAUUUCACAGAAAGCGGAAUUCAUUUUAUCAAGUUUUAAACACUCCCGUGCAUAAAUCACGAGUUUAUCUACCCGUUACAAAGUUAGAAGAACAAUUUAUUUUGGCGUGAUUUUCCG